GGGGGGUAGUACAUGUAGUGGGCGAGAGUCCAAACGCGCUAGCGCUAACGUCGCAUUAACGGAUAUCACAUCGUAUUCGAUCUUAGCUAUCCAGUAUCCAUCGAUGCCAAGGGUUUAAGGUUAAACGUUCACCACGUUGCCGCUAUGUUUCCACCAAUAACCUCAUUUAUAUUCGCAGAGCCCAGGCUUAACGGACCACCAGCAUAUCUAGAGCAUCUAAUUUCUCAGCAUAUCUGGAGCAUCUAAUUUCUCCAUCGCAUCAGAGAUCCGCUUGUAUAGUGUUAUUAAUUUAGCAUAGAUACGAGGUGGUCCGUUGAGUGUAGACUCUGCGAAUAUAAAUGACUUCAAUCUGCCACCAGUUCCGUACAACUCGACAGCCAGCCAUAUUCUCCAUCGUCUAUCCAGGUCAUUCAGCCAUUAUCCACUAUGCAGCUCAAAAUCGCCACCCUCACCACGGUCCUGGCCUCGCUCGCCGCCGCGCAGACGCUCAACAUCCCCACCCGUGUUGGCAGCAUCGUUUCGCUCUCUAAGCCCAGCGCCAUCUCCGGCACCCAGGACAUGGGCAACAGAGAGUUUGAUCGCGGCCGCCCUUGCGAUACCGAUGCCGAUACCGGCAGCGACAACGCUGUGUUCAUCCUCGCUGAUGGCGCGACACUUAGCAACGCCAUCAUUGGUACGAACCAGCUCGAGGGAGUCCACUGCAAGGGCGCCUGCAAGCUCAUCAACGUCUGGUUCAGAGACGUGUGUGAAGACGCUAUCUCCCUCCUUGGCAAAGGCGACGUUCUCAUCCAGGGCGGCGGCGCGCAGAACGCAGGCGACAAGGUAAUCCAGCACAACGGGCGCGGUACGGUCACGAUCAAGGACUACACCGUCGUCAAUGCCGGCAAGCUCUACCGCGGCUGCGGCAACUGCAGCAACAAUGGCGGCCCGCGCAACGUCAUCAUCCAGAACAUCAAGGCCAAGAGCGUCUCCGAGCUUGCGGGCAUCAACUCCAACUACGGUGACGUCGCGACAAUCUCAGGAUCUUGCGGAUCGAGCGUUAAGAAGACCUGCCAAGAGUACAAGGGAAUUGAGAAGAAUGGAGGCGUCGACCCAAAAAAGUUGACGACCACUGCCAACUGCAGAGGCGCCCAGGGCACGUCUACCCUUCCAAAGUGUUAAUUGGCAGGGUGGGGACGACUUUGGCUAGAGUAAAAACGCUGCGUAAGCGCGGAUGAGUGAUAAACUGCGAAUUGUAGAUAGGCUAUAUUAUCCAACGUGUAAUUAAUUUCUACACUCGCAUUUGCGUGAGAACAAAGAUGACAAGA